AGCAGGUUCAGUGCAUUGCGCUAGUCAUCUGCAGUUGUUAGUAACGUUACAUGCAGGACUGUAUUAACGUUACUUCCUCGGUGCAGGGAGGCGUAGAACCACCAGUAUGAACCAGAACUAGCGUACAGCGAAGGCAGCAGCAAAAAAAAGCUGGCUCCUUGCUGGCAACAGAGCUUUGAACAUCGGGCUAGCGAGACGGUAAAAGAGAAAACUGGAACGCAACCACGGAUUUCUUGUGGGACAAACGUACAGGCCUCGCUGCUAAAACGAUGCCUCACACUAGACGGUACACGUCUUCAGACAGAGACAGUAGAAGCAGCUACCAAGACCGUUACAGAGACAGAGGGCGAAGACACCGGCACAGAAGAUCGCCUUCUUACUCCUCCAGCAGCGACAGAGACCGAGACAGAAGGGGACGGGGACAAAGACAGGAAGGAAGCUUUGUACGCUCAAGGAGUCGUAGCUAUGACAAUCGCUCUACGGAGAACCGGCCAUUUGACCGAAGAUACGAGGGAUACAGACGCUUGGAUCAGAGCCGAGAUAAAGAUCGCGACAGAGAAAGGGAGCCACAUGGAGCAGCUGAAAGUUACUAUCCACGCGACUUCUCCCCAAACAUGUACGACUACCGACGUGGCCGCGAGAGGGGGCGCGAACGGGAUGAGUCGUAUCGGCGGAAAGGCAGCAGGCGUAAGCACAAACGAAGGCGGCGUAGAACCAGGUCCUAUAGCCCAUCCUCCUCGCGGAGUGACAGCCGGACGAGGGCACUGAGUGUGAGGGACGACGAGGAAGGGCACCUGAUCUGUCGGAGUGGGGACGUCCUACAAGAGAGAUAUGAGAUUGUCAGCACUUUGGGGGAAGGCACUUUUGGGAGGGUGAUGCAGUGCAUUGACCAUCGCAGGGGAGGAGCCCAUGUUGCUCUGAAAAUUAUCAAAAAUGUGGAGAAGUACAAGGAAGCAGCUCGCCUGGAGAUAAAUGUACUAGAGAAGAUCAAUGAAAAGGACCCUGAUAACAAAUUCCUGUGUGUACAGAUGUAUGACUGGUUUGACUACCACGGUCACAUGUGUAUCUCCUUUGAGCUGCUAGCUCUCAGCACCUUCGACUUUCUAAAGGAAAACAACUACCUGCCCUACUCAAUUGGUCAGGUCAGACACAUGGCCUACCAAAUCUGUCUCGCUGUGAAGUAUCUCCAUGACAGUAAGCUGACACACACAGAUCUGAAGCCUGAAAACAUCCUAUUUGUCAACUCAGACUUCACAAUGUCCUUCAAUGUAGAGAAGAAGCGAGAAGAGCGGACUGUUAAGAGCACGGCAGUACGUGUGGUGGACUUUGGCAGUGCCACUUUUGACCACGAGCACCACAGCACCAUUGUGUCCACGCGGCAUUACCGUGCUCCCGAGGUCAUACUAGAGUUGGGAUGGAGCCAUCCCUGCGACGUUUGGAGCAUUGGCUGUAUCCUGUUUGAGUACUACCUGGGCUUCACCUUGUUUCAGACUCAUGACAACAGGGAGCAUUUGGCAAUGAUGGAGAGAAUCCUGGGACCAGUGCCCUCUAGGAUGAUUCGUAAAACGAGGAAGCAGAAGUAUUUCUAUCGUGGCCGUCUGGACUGGGACGAAAGCUCCUCAGCGGGGAAAUACGUCAGAGAAAACUGCAAACCCUUGCGGCGGUACUUGCUUUCGGAGGCGGAGGAACACCACCAGCUGUUUGACCUUAUUGAAAGCAUGUUGGAGUAUGAGCCCUCGAAGAGGCUCGUUCUGGCUGACUCCCUCAAACACCCUUUCUUUGAGAAUGGAGCGAUUAGCGAGGCAGGGAGCAGCAAGAACUGGGAGGGCAACCGGGACAUCAGCCGGUGACCUAUGAGCCUCCAAAGACUGAAUGACAGAGAAGAUCAAGUCUUUUUAUAUGUGGAGCAGGUGAACUGUUAAAUUAAUCGGGGCUUUGGAUGUUUUCUGUCGUUUGUCAAAGCAUGGACACCUUAACUUCUUGCUCCUCCAUCCUACCCCUCUGACGUCCACCUCUGCAGCCACAUGAGGCAUGUUUUUGCAGCAGAGAGACCAAAAUACCCACAAAAGACAGGAAAAGAGUUGGAAAGAGUUAUUUUCUAGCUGCCACAGCCUCAAUAGUGGUCAAAAAUCUCAAAUGGAAGAUUGUACCCAAAGUAGCCCUCUAUGCAGCUCCUGUCUUCCUUUGACUUCUGAACUACCUGCUUCCUUUCCGUCCGUCCAUUAUUUUCAUCAGCAUGUAAAGAAAAUAAUUCCCCUUUUUUAUAAGGAAAUAAGCACUACAAAACCGGUUACACAAAAACUCAGUUUUAGAGAAGAAAUGUCUUCUGAUUCUGAAGUCAAGGAAAGGGAAAAAAGGAGAGAGAGCUGUAUAUGCAGCACAAGUCCUCACCCACAUAACAUGAAGACAUGCAAGAUAUUCUAUUAUGCUAACACCAAAUCAUUCAAAUUGAAUAUCAUAUUUCCUUUGAAAUUGCAAGUAUCUCCAGCAGUUUCAAGUUUUUGUUAAGUGAGCACUUGUGUUGCAUAUCAUUUUUCAUGUUUCUUUUUUUACGUCUUUAAAAAAAAAAAGAGAUCCCUCACAAAGAUUUUUGCCCUUAAUCUCUUGGUCUAUUAGGUCUGUUAUUUUUUGCCAAUAAGAUGAUAAUGGACAACACACACACACACACACACACAGAUCUUAUUGAUAGAUGUGUUUAUGUUAUGCCAUGCUUUCUGAGUGUGUGUGUGUGUGUGUGUGUGUGUGUGUGUGUGUGUGUGUGUGUGUGUGUGUGUGUGUGUGUGUGUGUGUGUGUGUGUGUGUGUGUGUGUGUGUGUGUGUGUGUGUGUGUAUAUGUGUUGGGGUGGGAUGGUGUGGGUGACAGGUCCAUAUUCCUGUUUUGCUCAGUGACUUCUUAGUAGUUCAGCAUUAGUCAUGGGAACAUUCUUGCAUAUUUUUAAACACAAAAAAACAUACACUGCCUUUCCCAUGUGUGUUUUGGUCAGACCCGAAGUCUCUCCAUUGAGGUUAAGCACACAGCUCCAAGUGGUUGCCAAUGAGCCACACACAACUCCUGUUUGUAUUUAUUUUGAGUUCCAAUAGGUCAUAGUCCCCACCCCCACCUGUACAUGACUUGGUUUUUUUUGUAUGAAAUUAAAGCGUAUAAAACUGUAUAUAUGUAAGAUUGUGUAGAAUUAAAGUUAAGUCCUCCUUACCAAAGGCUUAUGGGGCUCUCAGUAUCGGUUCGGGCCUCUGGUAGCUAAAGGGAGGCAUUCUGUCUUUAAAUACCAUCACUGUGUCUGAGUCCAUCUCUUACCUCACUGACUAAAGCCACUGCUGGAUGAUGUGCAUAAAGUCAGAGGCAUGUCUGAAAUGUGUAAGUGAAUGUCGAACAUGGUGUCUACGUUGUUCUAUUUAAGGUGAACUCAUUAAUUGGUCUUUAAAAUGAAUAAAAAACCUAUUGCUUGCA